AUGACACUAUCAUAUUUAAAGGACUCGAUACAAGACAAAAUUAGUCAGUACGGCAUCCAGCCUGUGGUGUCUACUGCAGGAUUGAGAAAUUUGAGAGAUGAUCUAGCAAACGCAGACGGCAUUAUACCCUCGACUAAAGAAAGGACAAACCUUUCCACUUCUGUACUAGAAUGUACCCCCUUGGAAACAGAUGGUCGGGGCAGCUUUUUGGACCCCAAGACCGGAAGAAAAGUGGUUUUGAAGGGGAUUAACGUAGACUCAGCAAUGAAGUUUCCCACCCAGCCACAAGACUUACCAUCGCAUAAGGGAAAUUCACUGGACCCUGACAAUUUUUUCUUCACCAGUGCUGAUGAAGUUUCGUUUGUUGGCAGACCCUUCCCAUUAGAGGAAGCCGAACUGCAUUUCCAGAGAAUUAAGAGCUGGGGCUACAACACCAUAAGGUACUUGCUUACGUGGGAAGCUCUAGAGCACGAGGGACCGGGCAAGUACGACGAGGACUUUUUGGACUAUACCGUUAAAAUGCUCCGGAUUCUACACAAAGUUGGAGGUUUGUACGUUUUUCUUGAGUUUCACCAAGAUGUGUGGUCCCGGUUCUCUGGAGGAAGUGGGGCUCCAAUUUGGACCUUUUAUGCUGCUGGAUUGCAACCUAGACGAUUUGCUGCGACUGAGGCAGCUCUACUUCAUAAUGACGAAAAAUAUCGAAACCCUGAGAGCCCAGAAGGCUACCAAAAGAUGCUUUGGACAUCUAACUAUAAGAGGCUAGCAUCUUUGGUCAUGUUUACCUUUUUCUUUGCUGGAGACGAUUAUUUUCCCCAAUGUAGAAUCAAUGGUCAGAACAUCAGAGAUUACCUUCAGAGCCAUUUCCUUGCAGCUACUGAACAUGUGUGGUCCAGAGUGACUAAGGAAUUGCCGAAGAUGAUUGAAGAUGGAACUCUAUUAGGGUUUGAGCUGAUGAAUGAACCAAACUGUGGUCUUGUAGGACAUCCUUCGCUAGGAGAAAUCCCUGAGUGCCAACAACUCAGAGUUGGAACAACCCCCACAGUAUUCCAAACUUUCAAAUUGGGAAUGGGAUUACCUUGUGAUGUUGACGUCUAUAGAAUUACAGUCACAGGUCCACAAAAGCAUGCGGUGAAGUGUGUUGACCCCAAAGGAGCCAGAGCGUGGAUGUCUACAGAAGAAGCCGCCGUAAUCGACAAGCAUUAUGGAUGGGAAAGAGACCCUCUGUGGAUUAUAGGAGAAUGUAUAUUUGCUCAGAACAAGAUAUGGUCUUAUGAUAGAAUAAAAUUUGAUAAACUUGAAGGUAAGAGUCAGCAUUUAAGACUUUCCAUUGUAAAUAGGAACUGUCGACUCUUACAACCAAAAUACUUCCAUAAGCCUUUGCCAAAUGCCCCAAUAGGUGACACAACGAUCGUUGAUCAUCAUUUUUUCAUGAAUAACCAUUUCAUCAAAUUUUAUGUUGCUCACAAAAAUGUCAUAAGAAAAUAUGUGCCCCUGGCAUUCGUAUUGAUGCAGCCACCUGUAUUGGAGAUUCCUCCAGACUUGAAAAAUGAUACAAGAGGUAUUGUGGACCUGAAGACAAUCUAUUGUCCACACUAUUAUGAUGGUAUCUCCCUUAUGUAUAAGACUUGGAAUUCCAAAUAUAACGUCGACACUUUAGGAAUUAUGAGAGGUAAAUACCUAAAUCCAGUGUUGGGAAUAGUUUUUGGGGAAAGAGCUAUUAGAAAUUGCAUCAGAAAGCAGUUUUUGGAUAUUCGUCAAGAGUGCAGAUCGCUUUUGGGGGACAUCCCAGUCCUCAUGUCAGAAACAGGUAUGCCAUUUGAUAUGGAUAAUAAAAUUGCCUAUGAAACAGGAAGGUACACUUCUCAAACCGCAGCAUUGGAUGCACUUACUUAUGCAUUGGAAGGACUGGGAAUGUCUCAUACUUACUGGUGCUACAAUAGUGUCAAUUGUCACAAGUGGGGGGAUCGUUGGAAUCAGGAAGAUUUUUCAUUUUGGUCACCUGAAGAUAGAAACGAAGAUGCGUCCAUUUUAGAUGACGCGUCAACAAGAAGAAUGCUGUUGACCAGUAUAAAGGCUAGUGUUAGAAAAAAGAAUAAGAAGUUGGGUAUACGGAGGCCAAGAUCAAGUGGAUCUCAUGGAUCUGCUAAGUCAAAUGGGAGUGGGUCAGGCUCUGAAUCAUCGUCUAAAGAGGAUGUGACUGGUACUGAUGACGAGCUCUUUUCAAUUCAAUCCACAAUAAUCGAAUCAACUACACUGAAUGUGCAAGUUGACCAUCAUAGAAAAUGUUAUCCGUCUCCAGAUGGUGUCAGAGCUGUUAGUGCAGUUGUGAGACCAUUUGUAUUAGCAACAAGAGGCGACAUUGAAAGUUCAUACUUUGACUUGAAAAAUGUUACCUACAGCUUGGUUUUAAAUAUGGAGAAGAAUGACAUAAGCUCCUCUCCUACUGUAAUAUUCGUUCCAAAAUGGCAUUAUCCAUAUUUGAAUGCGAGUGAUGUUUACAUCUCAUCUGGUACAGUUCAGUACAAUGAAAAAUUAGAAUAUAUCGAAUGGUACCCAGACACCAAGUUCGAUAAAGUGCAAACCAUUGUCAUAAAAAACAGUAGCGGUUCACUAGAAAGAGAAUUGGAUGAUGCUACUAAUAGAAUUUCGCAAGAGAGUAGCUGUCCAAUCACUUGA